GUAGAGUUAGAGUUUGUUAUGAAUGAGAAAAAUUCUCACAACCACUAAUUGUGAAACAAAAAUUCAUUCUUAUACCCUAACUCUCUCACUCUUGCUUAGCUAAUUUAUUAGUUCUUCGUCUUUCAUCUUACAUCAAUUUACUCACUCACUCCCCCAUUCACUUUUUCAACUUCACAUAGUAAUCCACAUUUAUUCCAAAAUUUAUUUUAAUAGUGGAUGGAGGGCCAUUCCAAGAAUGAAUUUGAAGAUAUUACGAAUGAGGAUUUGGAUCUUGAAAAUAUACCUAUAGAUCAACUGUUCCAGGUGCUUAAAUGUUCAAGACAUGGACUGACAUCAGAUGAGGGCGAGAGUAGACUCAAGCAUUUUGGCCCUAACAAACUGGAGGAGAAGAAGGAAAACAAGCUUCUCAAAUUCCUGGGAUUCAUGUGGAAUCCCCUAUCAUGGGUUAUGGAGAUUGCUGCUUUAAUGGCUAUUGUUUUGGCUAAUGGAGGAGGUAAGCCCCCAGAUUGGCAAGACUUUGUCGGAAUCAUCACAUUACUCGUCAUUAAUUCUACCAUUAGUUUCAUCGAAGAAAACAAUGCCGGUAAUGCUGCUGCAGCACUUAUGGCAGGCCUAGCUCCUAAAACCAAAGUCCUUAGAGAUGGAAAAUGGGGUGAACAGGAAGCUGAAAUUCUUGUACCAGGAGAUAUCAUCAGCAUCAAGCUAGGAGAUAUUGUUCCUGCUGAUGCUCGCCUCUUAGAAGGAGACCCACUUAAGAUCGAUCAAUCAGCUCUCACCGGUGAAUCCUUGCCGGUGAACAAACACCCGGGUGAUGGAGUUUUCUCAGGAUCCACUUGGAAGCAAGGUGAGAUUGAGGCUGUUGUAAUAGCCACCGGUGUUCACACCUUCUUUGGCAAGGCUGCUCACCUUGUUGAUAGUACUAACCAAGUUGGUCACUUCCAACAGGUGCUGACGUCAAUUGGAAACUUCUGCAUAAUUUCGAUUGGUGUUGGAAUACUAGUUGAGUUAGUAGUGAUGUACCCAAUUCAACGUAGGAAGUAUAGGGAUGGAAUAGACAAUCUAUUGGUGUUGCUUAUUGGUGGAAUUCCAAUUGCUAUGCCAACGGUGUUGUCAGUGACAAUGGCCAUUGGAUCUCACCGUUUGUCUCAGCAAGGUGCAAUCACUAAGAGAAUGACAGCUAUUGAGGAAAUGGCUGGCAUGGAUGUCCUUUGUAGUGAUAAGACAGGAACUCUCACACUUAACAAACUAACAGUUGAUAAGAACAUGGUUGAGAUAUUUAUGCCUGAUUUAGAUAAGGAUACUGCAAUCUUGCUGGCAUCUCGGGCUUCUCGUGUUGAAAAUCAAGAUGCAAUAGAUACUUGCAUUGUAGGGAUGUUGGCUGAUCCCAAGGAGGCAAGAGCAGGAAUCACUGAGGUACAUUUUCUUCCAUUCAAUCCAGUUGAAAAGCGCACGGCCAUUACUUAUAUUGACGCUGAGGGUGAUUGGCAUAGGGUUAGCAAAGGUGCUCCAGAGCAGAUUAUUGAGCUUUGCAACCUUGGUCAUGACGCAAGGAGCAAAGCUCAUGCUAUCAUCGAUAAAUUUGCUGAUCGAGGUCUUAGAUCCCUUGGUGUUUCAAGUCAGGCUAUUCCAGAGAAGAGCAAGGAUAGCCCAGGAGGCCCGUGGAAGUUUGUUGGUUUAUUGCCUCUCUUCGAUCCUCCAAGGCAUGAUAGUGCUGAGACUAUAAGACGUGCAUUGAGUCUUGGUGUUAAUGUUAAGAUGAUCACUGGUGACCAACUAGCCAUUGGUAAGGAGACAGGUCGUAGGCUUGGAAUGGGAACUAAUAUGUAUCCUUCAUCUUCCUUACUUGGUCAACAUAAGGACGAGAGCAUUGCUUCCAUUCCUAUUGAGGAGCUCAUUGAAAAAGCUGACGGGUUUGCUGGCGUCUUCCCUGAGCAUAAGUAUGAGAUUGUAAAGAAAUUGCAAGAUAGGAAUCACAUUUGUGGUAUGACUGGAGAUGGAGUGAAUGAUGCUCCAGCCUUGAAGAGGGCAGAUAUUGGUAUAGCUGUCGACGAUGCUACUGAUGCAGCAAGAAGUGCAUCUGACAUUGUGCUCACCGAGCCAGGGCUUAGUGUGAUUAUUAGUGCUGUCUUGACUAGCCGAGCAAUUUUCCAAAGAAUGAAGAACUACACCAUAUAUGCAGUUUCCAUAACCAUUCGUAUUGUGAUGGGUUUUAUGCUCAUCGCCCUUAUUUGGAAGUUUGAUUUUGCUCCCUUCAUGGUUUUGAUAAUUGCAGUUCUUAAUGAUGGGACCAUUAUGACAAUCUCUAAGGAUAGAGUCAAGCCCUCUCCUACGCCAGACUCUUGGAAGCUCAAGGAAAUUUUUGCCACCGGUGUUGUCCUUGGCACUUAUCUUGCUCUCAUGACCGUCCUAUUCUUCUGGGCUAUUAAUGACACCAGCUUCUUCUCUGACACAUUUCAUGUGAGAUCGAUCAGGGGAAAUGAAGAGGAGCUAAUGGCUGCCUUGUACCUUCAAGUAAGUAUUGUAAGUCAGGCACUGAUAUUUGUAACUCGGUCAAGGAGUUGGUCCUUCGUUGAACGUCCUGGCUUUAUGCUUCUCGGUGCUUUCUUCUUAGCACAAUUGAUUGCCACACUCAUUGCUGUCUAUGCAAAUUGGGGAUUUGCACGUAUUAAGGGAAUUGGAUGGGGAUGGGCUGGUGUAAUCUGGCUUUUCAGUAUUAUCACUUAUGCGCCCUUAGAUUUCUUAAAAUUCAUAAUCAGGUAUGCCUUGACUGGUAAGGCUUGGGAUAAUCUGCUUGAAAGAAAGACUGCAUUCACAAGCAAAAAGGAUUAUGGAAAGGGUGAGAGAGAAGCUCAAUGGGCUACUGCUCAACGUACAUUACAUGGCCUAGAGGCUCCAGAAAAUCCAGACUUACUCGCAGACAAGAACAAUUAUCGAGAAUUAACAGAAAUUGCUGAGCAAGCUAAAAGACGUGCUGAGAUUGCUAGGUUGAGGGAACUUCACACAUUAAAAGGGCAUGUGGAGUCAGUAGUCAAGCUCAAGAAUCUUGACAUCGAGACGAUCCAACAAAAUUACACAGUUUAAUUAUUCAGAAGAGAGGAUAAUCAGGCUCAAGCUCUACUCCACCACUUUGUACUUUGGCAUUUGGUGGUAGAUAAAAGUGAUGAAGAUAUAAGAAAAAAGGGAAGCUUAAAUAUAUUUUUGCCCAUGUUUCCUUUUUCUUAUUUGAAGCUUGUUGCAAACCCAACGCCAAUAAACCCAGCCGCAGAGAUUUUGCUAGAAGAAGAUACAAUGUUGGGAAAAUAGACUUUUAGAGAAGAUAAGACUAGUACAAUCUUAUAAAAAAAAAUCCUGAAAAUGGUAAAAGAUUAGUACCCUUUUGAGUCUUAUGAAAAGUUG